CGCGAGAAUAGUUGUCAUAAUUCCUAACCUGUAAACAGCCGAGGAAGAAAAGUUAAUUAAUGUUAUUUGGUUAAAAUUAUACUAUUAUUAUUUACCAAUGGCAAAAGUAAAGAACAAGAGAAAUGCUGGAGCUGCAGACAAAGCUCAGCAAAAGAGGAAAACGGAAGCGACCAAGAAGAAACUAAACCCAUUUGAAGUGCACAUAAACAGAGAAAAACACAAGGUUUUGGGAAAGAAAUCCAAACAUGACAGGGGAUUGCCUGGUGUUUCACGUGCUAAAGCUAUACAAAAGAGAAAAGAGACUCUCGGCACGGAGAUGAAGCUGAUGCAUAAAACGAACACGUUCAUAGACAAGCGUAUAGGUGAGAAGAACAGUGAGUUAUCGGCUGAGGACAGGAUGGUCGCCCGGUUUGCUGCCGAGCGGGUGAAGCAACAUAGUAGGAAGAAUAUUUAUAAUCUGGCUGAUGAUGAGGUGUUGACACACAGGGGCCAAACUUUAGAGCAAAUAGAGAAGUUUGAUGAUCCACGCUCCGAUGAAGAAGAUGAAUCAGGAUUCAAGGGAUUGGAUGAUGACUUCGUCGCUGAAGGCCACUUUGGUGGUGGCGUCCUCUCCAAGUCCGAUAAAGACGGAGCCAAGUCCCACAAGGACCUCAUCGAGCAGCUGAUAGCGGAGUCCAAGAAGAGGAAAGCAGAAAAGCAGAAAGAGAAAGAACAGACUUUAGACUUGACGGAGAAGCUGGACAGUGAGUGGAAGGAUCUGCAACCGGUUGUGUUUAAGAAGAUGCGAGUAGAGGAAGAGUCGGCCAUAGACAAAGUGCUCAACAAAGCGGAGAAAAACAGCCAGGACUACGAUAAGAUGAUGCGGGAAUUACGCUUCGAAAAGCGGGGCACGCCAUCGGAUGCAAUAAAGAGCGACGAAAAAUUAGAAAAAGAGGAACAAAUAAGGAUAGCCCAACUUGAGAAAGAGAGGGAAAUAAGGAUGAGAGGAGAUUACGAGGAAUCGGCUAAAGUCGAGACAGCUAAGAAGCACCGGUCGGCUGAUGAUCUCGACGAUAACUUUGAGCUGGAGGACGAGAAAGAGUUCAUGCUCGCGUACGACAAGGACGGAAAACCACUUGUGCCUGACCACAUACUCAACGACUAUUCAGUUCCCAAUGCCCAAAAACAAUAUGACGAUGGUUUGACUGAGUCAGAAGACGACGACGAUGAUGAUGAUGAUGAUGAGGAAAAUGAAGGAAACAGUGACAAUGAUGAUGAUGAAAGUGGCGACGAGGAAGAGAGUGGAAAAGAAGAAACAGCCAGCAAAAGUAAAAACGAUACCAAAAGUGAUAAAAAAGUAGUGAGCGAUGGCAAAGAAAAAUCUGGAGAUACAGAAAAGAGUAUAUUAUUUAAAGAUUCAGAUAGUAGCGAAGAAGAAUCCGAAGAAUCAGACGAAGAUGAUGAACCAGAUAGUAAAACCCCUCAAAUUGAUUCCAAAGUAAAAACUAAUACUGAAAAAUCUGAAGAUGAGAGGUCUGAUGACAGUGAUGAAGAAAGCGAAAAACAAGAAACUAAUAAAAUAACAAGUAAAGCUGAAUUUAAACCUAAAAUAAAUACUGAUGGCACCGGAGAUGACAAUUCUAAAGCAAAAAAUAGUAAAAGUAGUGCGAAAAUAGAUCUCAACUGUAAAAGUGAUGAUUCUGACGAGGAAUCUAGCGAAGAAAAUGACGGUGACGUUGAAAUGGAAAAUAAAAGUGAAAGUAACAAAAAUGAGAAUAUAAAGAAAUCUAAAGUUGAACUCAAUUCUGAUAGCGAAGAAGAUUCAAGUGAAGAAGAAGAAUCAGAAACAGAAGAGACUCAGAAUAAUUUACAGAAGAAAGUUUUAAAUGAUAAACGUAAGAAACUUAUCGGUGAUUCGGACAGUGAAGAUGACAAUAAACAGACUAAAGACGAAAGCGAGGAUGAGAUUGAUGAACAAUUGAAGUCAUAUUUAGGAAAGACUGCGGAAUACGAAAACUUUAAGGAAUUGUUAUCAGGAAAAAAUCCAACACAGCAAGCCACAGCCAUCCAGAAAUUAAUAAAAACCUACGACCCAAGUCUUGGCGAAAAUAACAAAGACAAACUAUCAAGAUUAUUCGCAAACAUGCUUCAAUAUGUCAACGAUUUAUUCGCCAAUCUAAAGAACGAAGGGGAACUCAUGAAAUCAUUCUUGAUAUUUAACGACAUAACAAAGCAUUUCUAUGACAUUGCACAUAUUAAUAAAGUAUCAUCAAGAAAAUUCUUUGCAGAAUUAUUAAAAGAGAAAUAUGAAGCAUACAGGAAAAGGCCAAAGCGAAUACCGGAUAUGGAUACAUUAAUAUUCUUCAAAUUAAUUUCUAUACUGUAUCCCACUUCUGAUUUCCGGCAUCCUCUCACGUCGCCAUCUUUGACUUUCAUGUCUCAAAUUUUACAUUCAUGCAGAUUUAGAGAUGCGUAUUCGAUAUCACGAGGACUAUUCUUAGUUACUCUAAUCUUAGAAUACACGGUUUUAUCAAAAAGAUUUGUACCGUCUGCUAUAAAUUUUAUCAGAGGCAUUCUGUAUUUGAGCGCAAAAACGACCGUUUUAAAUCCGAUAAAAGUCGUUCCACCGUUCCGUUUGCAUAAGGACGCGAAGAUUUUAAAUUUGGAAGACGACUGUUCGAAAUUGAAAGGCGAAUGGAAAAUGAAUCUUAACGAUUUGUUGACAGAUACCAUAGACAAUGGAUUUAAAAUUCGAAUAGUUUAUAACUCCAUAAUGAUUUUGAGGGAGUUUUUCGAGCAUUGUGGUGAAAUGGAGGCACAGGAGUGUAUGUUUCGGCCGCAUAUUCAGUUGAUGAGUAGAUUGGAUGUCGAGUUGUAUCCUAAAAAGAUAGCAAGUGCCAUUGAAGAAACUAUUAAAUAUAUGAAGGGUACUUUGGAGGUGAAGACCUAUACGCCUUUGACUAGUGCCAAGGCGAAACCGAAGGUUUUGAGGUUAUAUGAACCGGAUAUACAGGAAGUGUUCACCGGAAGUAAGAGUUCUAAACUGUCGCGAGAAACUGCCGAGCGGCAGCGCUUGCAACACAAGAUCAAACGAGAAAUGAAGGGGGCGAUCAGAGAAAUAAGAAGGGAUAAGGCGUACGUCGCUUCUGUCAAGAUCAGGAAUAAGAUACAGAGCGACAACAUGCGAAAGGAAAAGGUGAAGCAGAUCUACAAGGACGCGUCCAUACAGCAAGGGGAGCUCAACAAAAUGAAACGGGGGAAAUGAUGUGUAUUUGUGUAAAAUA